AUGCUCGCCAUAUUCCCCGCACCACUGGAUCGUCGGUCUGGAUGGUCGUUUGCUGAACCGCCAAAGCUCCCUAACAGUGAGUUGAUAGCUACUCAAUCAUUAGUAUAUCUGUUAUAUCGAUCGAUUGACCAGAGUUGGGAUCAACAAACCCAUCUGAUUCCGGUGGCGUUCCUCUUCCGCGAGUUGCUGCUGCAGAGAGCUCCGGCGUCGAUCGUGCUUGAGGUGGCCAUACUUCUGAACGAGAUCCAUAUCGAUAGCUUUGAAGUAGUUCUUCACUUAAGAAAUGAUCUAAGAAUAGUUAGGUGA